UGCGCCACAGAAGCGACAGUGCGCUGUAUUAGCACUGAAAGGUCCAGGGUGGACAGAGCAGACGUUCUGCAGCAGCAUCCUCAUCGUCACCGCUUCCCUCGUCACGUGACCCGCUGACGUCUGCGCCUGCGAAACCACGUACAUCAGCGAAAUGGAGGACUGUGAAUCUAAGGAGCCCGAGCAGCUCAGGAAACUCUUCAUCGGAGGGCUGAGCUUCGAAACCACGGAGGAGAGUUUACGGACCCAUUUUGAGCAAUGGGGAAGCCUCACGGACUGUGUGGUGAUGAGGGACCCCAGCAGCAAGCGGUCGAGGGGGUUCGGCUUUGUAACGUAUGCCUCCACGGUGGAAGUGGACGAGGCCAUGAAAGCGAGGCCGCACAAAGUAGACGGCCGCGUCGUUGAACCCAAGAGGGCUGUGUCCAGAGAGGACUCCAACAAACCCGGCGCCCACAUGACGGUGAAAAAGAUCUUUGUCGGUGGAAUCAAGGAGGACACCGAGGAGUACCACAUCCGGGAGCAUUUUGAGAAAUACGGGAAGAUCGAAUGCAUCGACAUCAUGGAGGAACGCUCCACUGGGAAGAAGAGGGGGUUCUGCUUCGUCUCCUUUGAAGACCACGACACUGUGGAUAAAAUAGUUGCUCAGAAGUUCCACUCAAUCAACUCCCACAAUUGUGAGGUCAGGAAAGCUCUGUCAAAACAGGAAAUGUGCGCCAUGUCCAACGACAGAGACAGGAGUGGAGGAUCCGGAAACUACAUGGGCAGAGGGAGUAAUUUUGGAGGUGGUGGCAACUUCAGUGGUGGCAGAGGUGGCUAUGGGGGAAGCAGAGGUGGUUACGGUGAUGAUUAUGACAAUGGUUCAGGAGGAAAUUAUGGAGGAGGUCAAGGUUAUGGAGGAGGCCGAGGGGGCUACGGAGGUGGUGGCCCAGGGUACGGCAACCAUGGAGGAGGAUAUGGUGGCGGUGGCGAUGGAGGCUAUGGAGGCAAUGGUGGAGGUUAUGGAGGAGGUGGAAAUUACAACGAUUUUGGAAAUUAUGGUGGACAGCAGUCCAGCUAUGGGCCCAUGAAGGGAAACAACUUUGGUGGCAGAAACUCGGGUGCACCAUAUGGAGGUGGCUACAACUCUGGUGGCGGCAGUGGUGGUGGUGGCUACGGCUCGCGGCGCUAUUAAAUAUUUCAUGUUUCGGCUUCAGUUCUUAGCAGGAGAGGCGAGGAGGUGAGCAAAGGAAUGGUCAGGAAAGCUGCAGGUUACUUUGAGGCAGUCAUCUGAAAGCAUUAGAGGAACACACAAGUCAGACUUUACUGAAGCAAGAAGGACUGUAUACACAAGACAUGAGUGCAGAUGAUACCCUUCCCUAUUUGUGAUAGAUGUUCCCCGACAAAGACAUUUUCCUUUUGUGCGCUGAAGUGUGUGUAUAUUGUGCCUAUGGUAUCAGGAGUGAAGUUUAAAUUGUUGUUUUUGUUUUUUUAUUAAGUCCGAUCUUAACAUCUGCUGGGCAAUGAAUUUUGUCUUUUAAUUUGUUUUUUGUCAAAUAACAUAGUUGCAUCAGGCCCUCAGAUGAGCUAGAAUUACACCACUUUGCUUUCUCACAUUAUUAUGAGUGCUCAAUUCCAAGUGUCAAGUGUAUUUUUGAUUUUUUUUUUUUUUUUUUUGAAUGUGAAGCACAGUAUGUAAAUGGUUCAUAGUACCAAUGUCAAACUCAUGAGGAAUCUGGAUUAGAAUCAAGGGAAUCCCUCACUCUUCUUGUUCCUAGCAAACCGAAUUCUAGAUUUGUUCAAAUAUUUUGAUUAGUAGAAAAAGAGUGAAUAAAACUGUGUAGUAAAGUAACACAA